CCUCACCAUGGCCGCCUACUGUCUAAAAGUCAUCUCAGACGAGCUUGUAUAUUCACACUUCCUAGAGAGCUUCACUGAGCUACUGUACAACAGACCAGCAGCAUCUUCAGCUCUUUCUAGCUUUAUUACGAAACGUUCAGUGUUUAUUAUGAAUUUUAUGUUCUUGUAGCCUACAUUUGUAUGUGCGUGUGUUUAAAUUGCAGCCAUUACAAAAUUAGGAACUGUUGCCAACUGAAAUCAUUCAGCGAAAUAGCAAAGAAAAUAUUUGACAUGUUUAUACUCUUCUGUCUGAGCUUAUGGAGUGGUGUGUUUGGUGAUGAUGCAGUGAAGUCAGAGUCAGUGAUGGAGGGAGAAUCAGUCACGCUAAACCUUGAUGUUAAUACAACUAAUGAGCUACGGUGGAGCUUUAUACACAACAACAACAAGAUUCUCAUCGCUAUUAUCGACAGACAGAAUGAAAAGAGACCCGUUUAUGAUGAUGUUCUUGGUGGGAGAUUCAAAGGCAGACUGAAGCUGGAUCAGACUGGAUCUCUGAUCAUCACAAACACCAGAACCACACACUCUGGACUUUAUACAGUCACCAGCAGCAGAUCAGAGAUGCCACUAAACACAUUCAGUCUCACUGUUUACGCUCCUCUGCCUGUUCCUGUCAUCAGCAGAGACUCUUCUCAAAAUUCAUCAUCAUCAUCAUCCUCAUCUUCAUCAUCAUGUUCAUUUCUGUGUUCAGUGUUGAAUGUGAGUGAUGUGACUCUCUCCUGGUACAAAGGAAACAGUUUAUUGUCCAGCAUCAGUGUGUCUGAUCUCAGCAGAAAUCUUUCUUUACAUCUGGAGUGUCUGGAUGAUUUCUACAGCUGUGUGGUGAACAAUCCCAUCAGAAACCAGACCACACAUCUCAACACUGAACUCUGUCAGACAUGUUCAGACUCUGUAUCUCUGAUAGUGUUGAUCUCUGCUGCUGUUGCUGCUGGUUUUCUGUUGAUUGUAGCUGCUGUCGGGAUCUUCUGCAUCUGCAAGAAAAACAGAAAAACAGACCAAGAAGUUCAGACGGGUGACAGAGAGAUCACUUCUGCUGAUCCAACAUUUUACAAAAAGACAUAAAUCAGAUUUACACAAGCUUCAGUCUGGAUCCAGAACACCUGAGAAGAGAUGAUUCUGACCCUCAGAGGACCCCAGAUAAUGCUAACCCUGAAUCAAUGAUGCUAACCCUGAAUCAACAAACGGAACUAACAAAUAUUGAUACAAGUUUGACUGCAUCAUAUUAUAAUUGCUGAUAAUAAUGUUCAUCGUCUGGCUGACUACAUCUUGUAUUAAUUGUUCGGAAAAAUCCUGUCACAUGCACACAAACUGACAGUCACCACUUAUAACCUACUAUAUAUUGUAGAAAUGUAAUUAUCUGUAAAGUUGCUUUGUAACUAUUUGCAUCGUAAAAAGUGCUCUACAAAUAAACUUGAAUUGAAUUGAACUAAGAUAAUGAGAAAAUUAUGUCGUUACAACGAGAAAACAAGAAGGAAAAAAUAAUUAUGCUUAGAACUUCCGUACAUAUUCAAUUUUAUAAUGAAAAAGUAAACGCUGAUAUGCAUCUGUAUUUCAUAUUUAUAUUUUUCAUUUAUUUAACCUGUUUCUGUAGUAUGUUAAAUAAACAUGCUUUGAUAUAUUCUUUAAAUAUAUUCUUUAGGCCUCUUUCCUCAUCUGAGUAUCAAAGAGUAGCAAACAUUGCAUCAUAAGCAUUUGUACCAUCAUUCGUCUCUUGCUUUAUAAAUUCUGAAAUCUAAUAUAACAAAUGUUAAAACUAUUGAAAUCUCAAAUAUAAAAAGUGUUUAUUCAGAAUAAAGUGUCUAGCUUUCACAUGAGCACUCAAAAAGACCAAUCUAACCAUUGAGAAUAGAGAUCUAUACAGGAUGAGCCUCUGGAAAUAACAUCCACUGCUUCUUAUGAUAUAAAACAAAAUCCUUUCUAUUUAUAUGUGUAUAUAUAAGUUUUAUUUUAAUUACUUAGAUAUAUAUCAUGAGUUUGCACAGUGUAGUUCAUCAUGACUAUUUAACACAUUCUUUUUAUAUAUUCAUGUCUAUUCAUGUCUGAUCAAGUAUCUCCAUUGUCCUUCAGUGUUUUUUAUUGUAUUUUAUUUUUUUCACUUUUGUUGAGUUUUGGUCCAGUGGUUUUCUGCUCUCCACAAACCACAGUGAAACACCACUGAGCAAUAAACCACCGACAUCAGCUCCAUCAGUCACUGAAUCACCACAAGAAACAAUUUCAGCAAGAGAUCUGAAUCUGAAUACUUUACAAGAACAAAACAUACAUUUUGUACAAAUCUUCUGGAAUAUUAUGUACCAGUGCACAUGUACUGUGUCUGGCAACAGACUGUCGCCUUAGGAUAUAAGUGAAAUCCAAUUUCACAGUAAUGUACCAAAUGACAUCAUGAAGGUUUCCACUGGGAGACAUUAGCAGGACACAUGGAGCGAGCUUCCACUGCUAUGUUGAUCAUAAUUGGCCAAUUAACAUACCAGUUCUCCAAACUAAUAGACUGCAAAGAUGAUAUCAAAAGCUUGAUGUCUAGUCAUUUACUUAAUUCAGGCCAAAAAAAUCCAAAAACAACAAUUUGACCAAAUGUAAUGUAUGAAACCCAUCUACAAUAGUCAUUUGAAAGACACAUUUCUAGUACUUGCAAAACAGCACUCUUCCACGGAUUACUGUUUGAAACAACACUGAAACAACAUCUCGUGCUAAAUGGUUAUAAGUAGGUUAAGAAUAUUAUUAGAAGUCAUUGUUGAAAUAGUAAAUCUCAAUCUCCUUUGACCUUUCGUAGGCUAAACAUUUGACCUUUCAUAAGCUAAACAUUUAGGACUCAGAGGUUCUACCGUCAAUUCUUGAAAAUUAUGCAAACAGUUCUUUGCUACCAUGCUCUUUAUACACAUUAGGAUCUCUGAUUUGAUUCUUAGGUCAGUUUUUGUCCACUAGAGGAAAGAAAUGAUCUGCUCAGAUGUUCUCCAUGAUUCACAC